AUGCAAGAGAAGGGGGCUAAGGUUGUGGAGACGCAAGUACCUUUUGCAUGUUUCUUCAAGGUAAAUCGCCACCCUCAAAUGAUGAUGGGUGGUCCGAAUCCACAAAUGGGACCUGGAGGACAUGUGGGAGGAUCCAUGGACCCGCAACAUGACCAACAACAGGUCUACAAUCAAAAACUGCGAAUGCUAAGACCGUACUGCGAGAAUCUCAAGCUGCGGGCACAGCAGUGUCGCAUGGAAGGAAAUAUGGAGGCCGCCCAGAAAUUGGAGACAAUGCUUGGCGUGUUGGAAGGCAGGCGUGUCGUCAGUCUGGAAUAUCUGUUGAACCUUGAAAAUUGGAUUCACAAAAAGGCUGACUUCCUGGCAGCAACCACUCACAAUCCUCAUGCGGCAGCCAUGCAAAAUGGUCAUAUGGGUAUGGCUGGGCAAGGAAUGGUUGACGGGAUCAAUGCUGUCUUGAAUGCAUCGUCCGAUCACCAUCCUUCAAUGUAUGGCGCUCCACAAGGAGGCUAUCCACCUCCCCCAAUGCACCAAGGCAGUUAUCCACCUAUGCAUCCACAACAAAUGUGGCCACCUCCACAACACAUGCAACAAGGGUUGAUGAUGGGACCUCCGAUGAAUCAGUCCGCAGGUGGUGGUCCAAUGCAAACCUACAGGGAGUCACCGGUUGAGCACCACCGGCCAUAUCCAUCCAUGCGACCGCAGAUGCGACCUCCACCAGUUCUUCAGCCGAUGCAACAACCAGUAGAUCCUUCACGAAUGGGAGUCAAUUCCAUGGAUCCAAUGAUGAACACACCCUCAACUCCAGCUGGUUUAUCUUCGAGCCAGGGAGCAAGAGGCCCUCUACCGCUCUCUUCGAACCCUGCUACCUCAACCACUACGACAAAUGUUGGCGGUUCAGGUGGAGGUAACGGUAGUGCUGGAAGUGCAGGAUCUGCUGAGCAGCCUGGUGUUGACGACCUCUAUAAUAUGGACGAUUUCCUCCCCACUCCCUUGGAAGCUGUUGGCAACAUGCAACCACCAGGGAGCAAACCAUCGAUUCCCGAAGCAGCUCGACGAGAGUUGUCUCAACUGUCGGAUAGGUUUGAGUUUGACUACACUACGGAAAGUCAUCAUGAUCCCCUGUCAGCUUUGGUGAAGUGCAAAAUA